AUGCCACAGGUAGGCGCAACCCUUCACCGGCAGCAAGAGGAUGCUGACGGGCCAAGGCGCGCCGCCGGGCCUUGGCACCUGCGGCUCACCCCCGCCGCGGCCUGCACCCCCGCCGCAGGAUCGCUCUCCCACUUCCUGGACCGGGCCGCCGGGAUCCAGGACUGGCUGGUGGGCACCCGCAGGGAGCUGCACAGCUUCCCGGAGCUGCUGUUUGAGGAGCACAACACGAGCGCCACCAUCCGCCGCCACCUGGACCAGCUGAACAUCCCGUACCAGUUCCCCGUGGCCAAGACGGGCGUGGUGGCGACCAUUGGGUCCGGGGCGCCGGUGGUGGUGCUGCGUGCCGACAUCGAUGCCCUGCCCAUCACCGAGGAGACAGGCCUCGAGUUUGCCUCCCGCAACGGCGGCCGCAUGCACGCCUGCGGCCACGACGCCCACAUCACCAUGCUGCUCGGCGCGGCGCGGCUGCUCAAGGGCAUUGAGGCGGAGCUCAAGGGCACGGUGCGCCUGCUGUUUCAGCCUGCCGAGGAGGGCGGCGCCGGCGGCGAUCUGAUGGUGAAGGAAGGCGACGGGUUGCUGCCGCCCCCUGCAGGCGCGCUGGAUGGAGUGAAGGCCGCCUUUGGCAUGCACGUCUGGCCCGCCAUGCCCUCUGGGGAGGUGGCCUCCCGGCCUGGCACCCUGCUGGCAGGCGCCAUCCAGUUCGAGGUGACAGUCAGGGGCCGGGGAGGGCACGCCGCCAUGCCCUACCUGACAGCCGACCCCGUGGUGGCGACGGCGGCGGCGGUGGGCGCGCUGCAGAGCCUGGUGGCGCGGGAGACAAGCCCCUUCGAUCCUGCCGUCAUCUCGGUCACACGCAUGGCGGGCGGGCAUGCCUUCAACGUCUUCCCCGACACUGCCACCUUUGGCGGCACGGUGCGCUCCAACAGCGACGAGGGCAUGCAGCGGCUGCGGCGCCGCCUGGAGGAGCUGGUGGCCUCCACCGCCGCCGCGCACGGCUGCACCGCAGAGGUGGACUGGAUGGAGGACUCGAUGCCCUACUACCCACCCACAGUCAACGACCCAGAGGCGUUCAAGUUUGCCAUGGACGUUGCCGGCAGGUGCGGCGGUGUCUUACAGGCCCAACUUUUGGCGGCGGCGACCAUGGGAGGGGAGGACUUUAGCUUCAUCGCACGUGCCGUCCCCUCCUGCUUCAUCUUCCUGGGCACCCGCAACGAGACCGUGGGCGCAGGUGCAGGGGUGGUGUUCCAUGGCCUGCACACGCCGCGGUUCACUUUGGACGAGGGUGUGCUCAAGGUUGGGGCGGCGCUGCACACCGCGCUGGCAUCCCAGUACCUGCAGCAGUGGCACGAGCGGCACGAGGGGGAGCUGGAGGGGACGGCGCGAGAGGAGCUGUGA